AUGAAUUAUGACACGGGACCAAUUUGUGUCACUUUAUAAAGAGAAUUUUAUUAAUUUAGCAAGCAAGCAGUACGGGCAAAUGCAGCGCUGGGCGGCCGGGGAGCCUCUGCUCCCCCCACCGGCUCGCCCCGCCCCGCACCUCCCGGUCUUUCAGUUCUCAUACCCCUUCACUUCCGGACUUUGUGACAGUCUCGACGUGCUCUGCAUCUGCGCGGCGUGUUGCGAGGGGUCUUUGUCUGCUGUCCGGUGGUCGUUUGAGGAAAGCUCCUCUAUCUUCUUCCUCCGAGUCACUCCGUGCCGGCCAGGGCGGCGGCGGGAGCUCAGAGAUGGCGAUGGCUGCGGGGGUUCCCGUGCGGCGGGACGGGCGCAGAGCCCCCCCGGGAGAGCGGCCGGGGCUCGCCGUGGGCUCGGAGCGCAGGCUGCUGGAGGCCGACUCCAAGUCACUGUGCUCGGUGAAUGGCGCGCGCCGUGCCAGUGCCUCCUCGCCCGGCCCCAGCUCCUUGGCCCUGUCUCAACUCGGGCCCCUGGAGGAGGAGACCUGGAGCCUCUGGGGCCGCAUUGUCAGCAACUGGGAUGAGUGGAGGAAGAAGAAGGAGAAGCUGCUCAAGGAGCUGAUCCGCAAGGGGAUCCCGCAGCAGUUCCGCGCCGCGGGGUGGCAGCGGCUCUGCGGCGUGGCCGAGCUGCCGCUCAAGGCGCGCUACCCGGAGCUGCUGUGGGUGUCGUUGCCCUGCGAGCGCCUGAUCCGCCGCGACUUUGCCCGCACCUACCCUGAGCACACCCUCUUCAGCGGGCAGCGCAGCCUGGGCCAGCAGGUGCUCUUCAACGUCAGGAAGGUGACAUGGGGACAGGGGGACAUGGGGACACUGGGGACAUCGGGGGCAUUGGGGUCUUCCUGA